GCCCAGCUGAUCAGCCAGCGCAGUCAGACAGGCAGCAUGUGGAAGACUUGCCUGACCGCACAGCGACUCCAGCACUGAAGCUUCACAUGAAGUUUCAAUUUCACAACUUCAGAAGGGCCUGUGAGUGUCAGCCUGGAGGGGUCUUCUGGAAGUCGUGACUUUUUGGAGCUUCUUACAUGGACGGAUGUCUUCACUUCUAACUGUCCUCUUGACUUGCUGACUCCCACAAUUUGAUUGGAAUUGUAUGUCGACACUGUUUGGACAAUUGGACGAAAUCUGUGGUCCUUUUUUUGACAAAUCGAUAUUAACUUAAGAUUUUUGGUUUUUAAAUCUGUUUUCUGGACUUUUCCAACUGAACUCAUCUCCCUCUGGACGAUGAUCUUCUCAAGCACCACCUGAACAACCAAAAUGGAUGCAAUGAAGAUUGUAAUCUGUCUUCUUUUCGUCUGUCGGAACGUCCUGAGCGAGUUAUCCCUCUUCACACUGCUGCAGAAAUACUGUGAAGCCGUGUCCGCCCUUCAGAACGUCACAGGUCUCUACUGCAACGCCACCACGGAUGAGAUCGGGACCUGCUGGCCGAGGAGCAGCUCCGGGCGGAUCGUGGAGCGGCCGUGUCCGGAGUUCAUCAACGGGGUGAAGUACAACACCACCCGGAGCGCGUACAGAGAGUGCCUGGAGAACGGAACAUGGGCUUUCAAGAUCAACUACUCCAGCUGUGAACCCAUUUUAGAGGAAAAGAGGAAGUACCCGAUGCACUACAAGAUCGCCCUCAUCAUCAACUACCUUGGACACUGCAUAUCUGUGGGAGCUCUCGUGGUGGCUUUUGUUCUGUUCCUCUGCUUGAGGAGCAUCAGGUGCCUUCGGAACGUCAUUCACUGGAAUUUAAUCACCACCUUCAUUCUGCGGAACGUGAUGUGGUUUCUGUUGCAGCUGAUUGACCACAAUAUCCACGAGAGGAACGAGCCCUGGUGUCGCCUCAUAACGACCAUCUACAAUUACUUUGUGGUGACCAAUUUUUUCUGGAUGUUCGUGGAGGGCUGUUACCUACACACAGCCAUCGUGAUGACCUACUCCACCGAUAAGCUCCGGAAAUGGGUCUUCCUCUUCAUUGGAUGGUGUAUUCCGUGUCCGAUAAUUGUUGCGUGGGCUAUUGGAAAACUUUACAAUGAAAACGAACAAUGCUGGUUUGGAAAAGAACCUGGGAAAUACAUUGACUAUAUUUAUCAAGGCCCAGUAAUUGUAGUUCUUCUAAUAAACUUUGUGUUCCUUUUCAACAUAGUACGCAUCCUCAUGACCAAGUUGCGAGCGUCCACCACGUCUGAAACCAUACAGUACAGAAAAGCUGUGAAGGCCACCUUAGUGCUGCUGCCUCUGCUGGGCAUCACAUACAUGCUGUUCUUUGUGAACCCGGGGGAGGACGACAUCUCUCAGAUCGUCUUCAUUUACUUCAACUCAUUCCUUCAGUCCUUUCAGGGUUUCUUCGUGUCGGUCUUCUAUUGCUUCCUCAAUGGAGAGGUGCGCUCAGCAGCGAGGAAGAGGUGGCACCGUUGGCAGGACAACCACGCACUGAGGGUGCGUGUGGCCCGAGCCAUGUCCAUCCCCACCUCACCCACCCGCAUCAGCUUCCACAGUAUCAAACACACCACCGCCGUCUGAGCCUCACCUUCACUCACAGUGGACUGAGCCUCCUGCCUGUGACUCCCCCGCUGACCUCGCGUGGACCUGAAUUCAGACUGUACGGAGUGAUGACCACACAUGCCCUGUGAUCGUUUCCCUACAUGUGUGUCAUCCAGUCAUCUGUGAAUAUUAUUUAUUGGUUUGCAUUUUUGUGGAUGGGACAUUUACGAUGAAGGAUCGGAAUAAUCCAGGUUGUAUUUUAUCUGUUUCAUAUUGUUCAAUAUGGUGUAAAAAAUGUAAAUAUAUUCUUUUGACACAAA